AUGCCAUCCAUCGCCUCAUCAUCACGUACCCGCACACGCAAACCCCUGAUAUCCUUGCCAUUAACAUCGUUCAUCCAACCUAUUCCCUCAUCAUUCCCAUCACCUAUAUCCCUACCAUCCAAAAGGGGUCCAUCGAGCUUAUCAGUCCCAUCGUCACCUGGAAGUAGCAAGGCUCGGAAAGUAUCUCGUACGGAGAUUGAUGGGUCUGAAACAGUACGAAAGGCUCGUGUAGCUACGAGCGGGGGCGGGAAAGGUAAAGGGAAAGAACAGGUAGACGAUGAUGAACGAUCAGUGGAAGUAGGGGUGACACCAAGGAUCAAAAACGUACUGGAGAAAGAUGAUCUAGGAGUAGGGAAAAGUCCAGCUAGGAGGUUGUUCGUCAAUGAUCGAGAAAGCCCAAUAAGUGGUAUAUCAGGAGCGAUCUCUACACCACCUAAAUCGCAUCGCGGAUUAGCACCCUCACCACCUAUCGCAGAUUCACCUUUUAUAAUCUCAACCCCAACAUCAACAUCAGAUCAAGAUGAGGUAGAAAUAGAUGUACAAGCUGCACCUUCACCUACUUUACCUUCAUCAUCAUUACCAUUCGAAUCAGGAUCUGAACCCCAUUGUGGAUUUACGAUAUAUCAUUCUACCUCUACGGAGUUGAGGGAAUUGGAUGAAUUUGCCGCUUCUCAGAUACUUCAACUCAAUUCAAGUUCUGGACCAAGUUCAAGUCCAUCACCUUCUCUGUCGGAGAUCGAUCUGAAUAGUAUAGAGAAUCAAGAGAACCUCCAACCUCUUUCUCUCCCUUUGGUGAAUUACCCUCCUUCACCUAAUUCGAAAUCGCGCUCGAAUCCAAAUUCGAAUCGAACUACACCUUCGAAAUAUAGUACGGGUACGUCGACAGCAGACGACGAGAUAAUCUCGAUGUACCUUUCUGCUCCAUCUACCAAUUCGAGUAUUAGUGGGACCAGUGCUAGUGGAAGUGGAACGAGGAGGAGGGAGAGGAGUAGAUUGAUUAAUGAAGUCUUGUUGUUGAGAGGUGAGAAUGUAAGAGAGAAAGAGGAUAGGAUGGAUGUGGAUAUAGAUGUAGAAGAAGAGGAGGAGUUAACACCUGGCAAGAAGAUCGUUAAGGGAGGGAGAGAAAGAUUGAGAAGGGAGGUUAAUAUGGCUUAG